GAGCGAGGAAGCACAGCGUCCCAGCUCAACGCAACAGACAGGAACAGCAGGGCUCACACAGCUAAUGGUACGAGCUAACGGUUUAAAAAGUUCAUCUGUUUGGCGAGGUAAGGGGAUUUGUGGAAAAUGGAGACUGAAGUCUGAAAAAAAACAGGAAACAAUUCAGAGAAGACAUCACUUCAUGAAUCAACAACAAUUUCUUAAUGCGACACCAACUCCAUUUUGAAAUGAAAUCUCCAAAGACCUUUGAAAGGAACACAACAUAUCAGGGAGGCUAAGCACAGGGAAGGCUGCUCAAGUAUUUCACAGUUCUUUUCAGCAGAAAACCAAAGUCUGACAGAGAAGGUCACUAGAGCUGAGGUGUACUUUACAUCUUUCAUCGUUGAGUAUAACCUGCCAUUCCAGUGAAUCAAGUGCCUUGAGUAGUUCCUGAAGAAGGAAGCCGCCUGCCAGAUAUGGCCUCCAGCCUGUCUAAUGCUUUUGUCACUGUACAGAAAAUCUAUUACCCAUCGCUGUGCGCCAUUGGAAUCCCAGCGAACUUCCUCACCAUGUACACCAUCUACAGUAGAAGAUGUGGGAUGUCCAUGGUGGCCAGGCUCUAUCUGAUCUCACUGGCCAUUGCAGACUCACUGAGCUUGUUCUGGGGCGGGCUGAUUGACCUGAGCCUGGUGUGGCUGGACCCCAAUCCCUUCUGGAUGAGCUCCCCAUGGUGUGAGCUGCUCACGGUGCUGGAGUAUGGCUCUGUCUUCACCUCCACGUGGAUUGUGAUCGUCUUCACCUUUGAGCGUUACCUGGUGCUGAGGAGUACUCGAGUCAGACAGCCCUACCCCCAGACUAAAGUGACCAUCAGAGUCAUAAUGAGUGUUGCUGUGGUCUCUCAUCUGAUUGCUGCUCCGGCCUACUGGAUCUACAGCUCAGAGUUACUGAACUCCACCUUGCCCAACCAGACUGAGAAGGCACCCAAAUGUAUUUACAACGAUAGUUUCUUUUCCACCGCUGUGGUAUGGUUUCACACACUGGUCUCAGGAGGUAUCCCCUACAUUCUCCUCAUCCUCUUCAAUAUCCUCAUUGGGCAUCAGCUCUACACAGCCUCCAGGAUGUUCACUCAGGAGCAGCUGAGGUCGAUAAAUGGCAUCACCAUGCGAGGCCUGGUGAAAAAAUCUAUCGUAAUCCUCUUUACUAUUUCCUUCACCUUCGUCCUCCUGACACUCCCUCGCUUUGUCACCUACUGCAUCCUGAGGACAGCCUACAACCGGCCAGACCACAACCGCGACGACUACAGCCAGUUGAUCAACCUCUUUGCGGACAUCAGCAUCAUGAUGCAGUGGCUGAACUCUGCCAUCAAUUUCCUCCUCUACUGCGUCAUCAGCAAGUCAUUUCGCCAGGAAUUCCUUCAGGUCCUGACCUGCAGAACUCAAGCGUCCAAUGCCCCCGGUUCUAACACCCCACUGAAGGUCUACAGUAUACAUUGUGCCACCAUUCAACAGCCUGUAAUCAUUGCUGGAACUUAGAGCUCACCACUGACCAAAAACUCAAAUGGACCAGCCACAUAAACACAGAUCAGAGGCUGGGUAUCUCAUGGCAAGUGACUCACCUCCCAACACCCCAAAGCUUCUUCGCUAUUUAUAAGGAAUAUGUCAGGAGACUAAUGGAAUACUUGGAUGAGUGACCAUGAGGUACAGGAGCAAAAUUAGGCCAUCUGGCCCAUCAAGUCUGCUCCACCAUUUCAACAUGGCUGAUCUAUUUUCCCUCUCAGCCCCAAUCUCCUACCUUCUCCCCGUUUCCUUCGUGACCUGGCCAAUCGAGAAUCUGUCAAUCUCCACCUUAAAUAUACCCAAUGACUUCGCCUCCACUGCUGCCUAUUGCAAUGAAUUCCACAGGUUCACCAAUCUCUGGCUAAAGAAAUUCCUCCUCAUCUCCGUUCUAAAAGGACGCCCCUCUGUCUGAGGCUGUGACCUCUGGUCUUGGACUCCCCUGCCAUAGGAAACAUCCUCUCCACAUCCACUCUAUCGAGGCCUUUCAACAUUCGAUAGGUUUCAAUGAUGUCACCCCUCAUUGUGCAGUUCCAAUAACUCUUAAGAAGCUGAACACCAUCCAUAAGACCAUAAGUUAUAGGAGCAGAAGUAGGCCAUUUGGCCCAUCGAGUCUGCUCCACCAUUUCAUCAUGGCUGAUCCAAUUUUCCUCUCAGCCCCAAUCUCCCACCUUCUCCCCAUAUCCCUUCAUGCCCUGACCAAUCAAGAAUCUAUCAACCUCUGCCUUAAAUAUAUAUAAAGGCUUGGCCUCCACAGCCUCUUGUCAUAAAGAAUUCCACAGAUUUGCCACUCUCUGGCUAAAGAAAUUCCUCCUCAUCUCCGUUCUAGGACACCCCUCUAUUCUGAGACCGUGCAGGAGUCCGGGAAAAAGCAGCCUUCCUGAUUGCUAUCAUGUCCAUCACCUUUAAAUAUUUAUUCCCACCAAAAGCACACAGUGUUGUACCACCUACUAAAAUUUAAUGUACUGCAGAUAAUCACCCAGGCUUCUCUGAUAACACCUUCUAAACCCAUCACCUCUAUCCUUUCGGAUGGAUAAAAGCAUGGGGUCAUCACCACCUGUAGGUUCCCCUCCAGGCUGCAUGUUGUCCUACAAUGGAACCCUAGUGCCAGUUCUUCACCACACUGUGUCCAAAUGCUGGAAGUCCCUAUCAGAUCAAGCUGUGGAAUUGCCUUUACCUUCACUGGGAGAACUGAGCAGUUCAAGACAGUCACUCAACACAACCUUCUCAAGAACAAUUAAGGAUGGGUUUAUUAUUGGGAGUUGGGAACGCUGAGAGACCCCCUAGUCUCCCUGAUAACUACAUCUGCGUGAUGUGCAUCCAGCUGCAGACUGGAGCUACAGCUGGAUGGCCUUCAGCUCAUACAAGAGAAUGAGGAAGUGGCCAACAGCAAGGUAGUCACCCCUGAGCUGCAGGAUGCAGAUAGCUGGGGGACUUUCAUGAGAGGGCAAGGGAAUAGGUACACAGUGCAGAGUACUGUACCCCUGUGGCCAUUCCCCUCUGUAACACUGAAAUGCUUUGGCGAUUGUCAGGGGGAUGACUUGCCAAGGAAAGCUCCAGCAACCAAUUCUCUGGCUCUGUGGCUCAGAAGGGAACUGGGGAGAAGAGGAGUGUAGUGGUGAUAGUGUCAUGUACCCCAUGACAGGUUCAAGAACCAGCAGAAAUGGAAAGCACUUUGGAGUCUGGUAUUGCUAUUAACUAAUGGUAUUUAUUAGUAACUAUGCAAUACAGUACUAUAAAUUCAGAUAUAUCAAACAGGUUAGCAAUGAUAAUAUAUAUAUAAGAGUGGAAAUGCUGCAAAUCUCCCCUCUCCAUGCCACUGAUGUUGUCCAAGGGAUGGGCAUUAGGACCCAUACAGCUUGGCACCGGUGUCGUUGCAGAGCAAUGUGUGGUUAAGUGCCUUGCUCGAGGACACAACACGCUGCCUCAGCCAAGGCUCAAACUAGCGACCUUCAGAUCACUAGACGAAUGCCUUAACCACUUGGCCAUGCGCCAACACCAUGUCAGAAUUACAGUUUAGUAAAGUCAACCACAGAGGCAUGAGAGAGGAGCUGGCCAAAACUGAUUGGAAUGGGACACUAGCAGGGUUGAUGGAAGAGCAGCAGUGUCUGAUGUUUCCGGGAGUAAUUUAGAAGAGACACUGUCAUUUCACUCAAAGAAUAUUCUAACGGGAGGAUGAGGCAAUAGUGGGUGGCAAGGGAAGUCAAAGACAGCAUAAAAACAAAAGAGAGGACAUACAAUAUAGCAAAACUUAGUGGAAAGUUAGAGGAUUGGAAAACUUUUAAAAACCAACAGAAGGCAACUAAAAAAGAAAAAGAGAAAAGGUAAAAUAUGAAGGUAAACUAGCCAAUAAUAUAAAAAAAAGGUAAGUUUUUUUUUCAGAUUAUAUAAAGAGUUAAAAAGAGGCAAGAGUGGACAUGGACCACAGGAAAAUGAUGUUGGAGAAAUAGUAAUGAGAAGCAAAGAAAUGAUAGACAAUCAGAAUGAGUACUUUGCAUCAGUCUUCUCUGUAGCAGACAUCAACAACAUGCCAGAAACUCAGGAGAGUCAGGUAGACAAAUGAGUGUAGUUACUGUUACUAAGGAGAAGGUGCUUGGGAAGCUGAAAGGACUGGAGGUAGAUAAGUCACCUGGACAAGAUGGACUACAUCCCAGGGUUCAGAAAAAGGUAGCUAAAAAGAUUGUGGAGGUAUUAGUAGUGGUCUUUCAAGAAUCACUGGAUUCUGGAAUGGGUUCCAGAGGGCUGGAAAAUUGCAAAUGACACUCUACACUUUAAGAUCGAAGGCAGGCAAAGGACACUGCCUGUAAGGAGUUUGUAAGCUCUCCCAGUGACCGCAUGGGUUUCCUUCGGGUGCUGUGGUUUCCUCCGCAAUCCAAAGAUGUACCGGUUCGUAGAUUAGUCAGUCAUUGUAAACUGUCCCGUAAUUUGGCUAGGAUUAAAUUGGGGGAUUGCCAGGUUGAAGAUCCGGAGGGGCCUGUUCAGCACUCUAUGUCAAUAAAUACAGUAAAUAAAUAGAGAGGAAGUUAUAGACUGGUUAGCUUAACUUCAAUAGUUCGUAAGGUUUUAGAAUCCCUUGCUUGGAAGCACAUGAAAGUGGAAGCACAUGGAAGUCCUUAGUCAGUAUGGUUUCCUAAGGGGAAAUCUUGCCUGACCAAUCUUUUGAAGAAAUAAAAAGCAGGAUAGACAAAGGAGAGUACUUAUAUUUUUGGAAGCCCUUGAGGCUACAAAACAAGAUGGCAACCCAUGGUAUUACAGGAGAGAUAUUAGCAUGAGUAUAAGAUUGGCUGACUGGCAGAAGGUAAAGAGUAGGAAUAAAGGGAGCCUUUUCUGGUUGGCUGCUGGUAGCUGGUUGUCUUCCACAGGUGUCACUGUUGGGUCCACAAUCUUUCACAUUAUAUGUUAAUGAUAUGGAUGACAAUUGAUGGUUUUGUGAUCAAGUCUUUGGGUGGCACAAAGUCAAGAGGCAGCUAAUAUUCAGGAAGCAGGGAGUCUACAGAAAGACUUGCACAGGUUGGCAGAAUUGGCAAAUAAGUGGCAGAUGGAACAGAUACUGAAGUGUAUGGUCAUGCAUUUUGGUAGAAGGAAUAAACAGGGAGGGAAUUCAGGAAUUAUAUUGCAAAGGAACUUGGGAGUCUUGGUGCAGGAUUCCCUGAAGGUUAGCUUGCAGGUUGAGUCAGUUGUAAGGAAGCAAUGUUCGCAUUUGUUUCAAUUGGACUGGAAUAUAAGAGCAAGGAUGUGAUUCUCAGGCUUAUAAGGCAUAGGUCAUACCACACGGAGUAUUGUGAGCAGUUCUGGGCCCCUGUGUGGGAAGAGAUGUGUUAACAUAUGAGGAGUGUUUGAUGUCUUUGGGCCUGUUCUCACUGGAGUUUUGAAGAAUGAGGGAAGAUAUCAUUGAAACCUAUCAAAUAUUGAAAGGUCUAGAUAGAGAGUACGUGGAGAGGAUGUUUGAAGUAGUGGGAGUGUCUAGGACCAGAGGGCACAGCCUCAGAAUGGAAGGAUAUCACUUUAGAAUAGAGGUGAGGAGGAGUAUUUUAGCCAGGAGGCGGUGACUCAGUGGAAUUCAUUGCCAUCAUUGGGUAUAUUUAAAAUGGAGAUUGAUAUGUUCUUGAUAAGUAAUGGUAUCAGAGAUUAUGGGGUGUAGGCAGGAUAAUAGGGUGAGGAAGGAAAAAUAAAUCAGCCAUAAUUGAAUGGCGGAGCAAGCUCAAUGGGCUGAAGGGCCUAAUUUUUUUUCUAUAUAUUAUGGUCUUAUGGAUUGGGAAGUGUUCUAGCAAAAUUACUCAACUAAUGGGAAAACAAUGCCACUGACUCAAUACUUCCCAGUCAGUUUCUGUUCAGAGUUAUUCGGUCUAUUUGUGUCCGUGCAGUAUUCAAUCCUUCUGUAAACAUGCUUUAAAAUUGUUGUUUUGUGUAGAACACAACUUUCUAGAUCUCAAGAUCCCCACUGGAGCCCAGUUCAAGCAUGCCGAAGUCACACUGUUAGCUAUGAAAAGCAAUUGUAGACUUGCUGUAUCUCCAAGUUGAGACCAGUUACCACAUUCAGACUCCAGCAAUUCAAUCUGUUUGCCUGUGAUUUUACAGGGACUCAGCCAACUGCGAUAAAUGGUUCUUUGUGUUUCUGUGGCUGAGUAAACAGUAAUCACCACUCAUUCGGUUUUAAGUAGAAACCAAAAGAUGCUGAAAUCUGAAAGCAAAAGAAAAUGUUGCUGGAACCGGUCAGUGUGUGCAGAGAGGAAGAGGAGAUAGGCCUCGUCUGAUAAAGGUUUAUUUUACCCAAACCUUUACUAAUCAGGCCUCUGCACUAUUGGUCUCUGGUUCAAAGGCAUAUUUCUAGUAUCUUGCACGUAAUGUACUGCUUUCUUUAAGUUGGAGAGCUUCAUUGCUACUCUCUCACUACCACACAUGAUGAGUUUAUAUAUUACAGAUCUCCAACUUGCUGUGGUUGAUUAAUUAAUAACGGGUUGUGUAAUCCAGGAGACCACCCAGCCAAACACCACUGUCAUCUCAAAGCAGCUGGCAGCCAAUGAAAUGCGUUUGAAGUGUUGUAGGAAAGAGGGAAAGUAAUAUGUGCACAGCAAGAUCUCAUUAACAACUGUGUAAUCAGGACAAGAUGUUAACGGUUGAGUAUUGGCACGCCAAGACAACUGUAAUCACUCCUUAGCUCUCCAUCAGAAUUCCACAAUAGUGCCUGUCUUUUCCAUUCAGGGAAGAGACUGGACCUCAAUUUAAUACUGAGAGGUUGCUAAUUCUGAGAUUUGGAGCAUGUCCAGGUGAAAAUAUGACGAAGUCCCACAUAGGAGGCUGGUCAAGAUGUUUCAGUCACUUGUCAUUCACGAUGAGGCCCGGUCAAGCAACACUCCUUCAGUCGACGUCUUCUGGAUGGAUCAUGAACCACAUGUUCCACUUCUUUUAUGUCCUUUGCAUUUGUUUUUCAUCUUCAAGUCAAGUCAAGUCACUUUAUAUUGUCAUUUUGACCAUAACUGCUGGUACAAUACACAGUAAAAACGAAAAAAUGUUUUUCAGGACCAUGGUGCUACAUGAACAAUACAAAAACUACACUGAUCUACCUAAAACAACACAAAAACUACACUGGACUACAGACCUACCCAGGACUGCAUAAAGUGCACAGAACAGUGCAGGCAUUACAAUAAAUAAUAAACAAGACAAUAGGCACAGUAGAGGGCAGUAGGUUGGUGUCAGUCCAGGCUCUGGGUAUUGAGGAGUCUGAUGGCUUAGGGGAAGAAACUGUACAUAGUCUGGUCGUGAGAGCCCAAAUGCUUUGGUGCCUUUUGCCAGAUGGCAGGAGGGAGAAGAGUUUAUAUGAGGGGUGCAUGGGGUCCUUCAUAAUGCUGUUUGCUUUACAGAUGCAGCAUGUGGUGUAAAUGUCUAAUGGCGGGAAGAGAGACCCCAAUGAUCUUCUCAGCUGAUCUCACUAUCAGCUGAAGGGUCUUGCGAUCUGAGAUGGUGCAAUUUUUGAACCAGGCCGUGAUGCAGCUGCUCAGGAUGCUCUUAAUACAAUCUCUGUAGAAUGUGGUGAGGAAGGGGGGUGGGAGAUGGACCUUCGCAGAAAGGAGAGACGCUAAUGCAUGCAAUGUUAGCUCUGGCAGGCUGGGUGAACUACAGUCAGAUCCAAUGGCCAAGAAGGCCGUUCUGCAACACCACAUGGAGAACGCGGGGCAUGAUGAGAAACAUGAGCAGCCAUGGCAAUCACUGCAACCAGGGAGGAUCCCAGUCGUGACGCCUACUCGUACCACUGAACCCAGACUUCCGAGGUCGAGAUAGUGGAACUGCACCAGUGCAACAGGACUUCCUCCUUUAAAAACCCUCCCGCAUAGAUUUCCUGCCGCCAUCCGAUACAACGGACAACUACCAGUAGUAUUGGUACUGUUCUGAUUUGUUCUGUAUUUCAUUUAAAUACAUCAUUUGUUACUCAAUUGAAUGGCAGUCUGUCGUUUUUACACCACCUUAACCAUUUCCAUGAGACUUUGGCUAAUUGGGUCAUCUGCUUAAUUGGUCCCAAUUGCACCACUUGUUACCUUGUCCCAAUUAAACAGAAUCCACUGUAUUGUACGUAGUCCUGGUUCCCUGCCUACAGGAAAGAUAUCAAUAAGAAUGAAAGAGUAAUAAUAAAAUUUACAAGCAUAUUGCUGAGACUUGAGACCUGAGUUAUAGGGAGAGGCUGAAGAGGUUAGGGCAUUUUUCCCUGGAGUGUAGGAGAGUGAAGGGAGAAUUGAUAGUUAUACAAAAUUAUGAGGGGCAUAGUGUAGGGUUAACACAGGUGGGCCUUCUCCAUUGAGGUUGGGUGCGACUACAACUAGAGGUCAUAGAUUAAGGAUGAAAGGUGAAAUAUUUAGGUUAUGGGUCGAAGGUGAAUAAAUAAAGGGUGGUAGAAGUGUGGGAUGAGCUGCAGCAGAAGUGGUGAAUGCAGUUUCCACUUUAGCAAUUAAGGGAAGUUUGGAUAAAUGCAUGGAGGAGAGGGAUGUGUGGUCAAGGUGUGGGUCCAUGGGACUAGGCAGAUAAAUACAUGCUGGGUGCCUCCAUUUGUUUGUUGCCUCAGUUUAAUGUUACUGAUUUAUUUGUUGACUGAAACACAGCGAAGGA